AAGGCUGACCCUGAGGAGCAAGUGAUGAGGGUGAAUCGCAUAAUUACUCAUCCGAAGUUUAAUCCGAAGACCUUCAACAAUGACAUAGCUCUGGUGGAACUGACAUCCCCGGUGGUGCUCUCUGACCGCGUCUCCCCAGUCUGCCUGCCCUCCGGACAGGAGCCUCCUGUGGGGACCCCUUGUUUGGUGGCUGGGUGGGGCUCAAUGUAUGAAGAUGGGCCCCCUGCAGACAAAGUGAUGGAAGCCAAGGUGCCUCUCCUCCCCCAAAACACCUGUAAGAACACUCUAGGGAAGGAUCUGGUCACCAAUACCAUGUUCUGUGCUGGCUAUCUGUCAGGGGGCAUUGACUCCUGUCAAGGUGAUUCUGGGGGUCCCCUGAUCUACCCGGACCGAAUUUCAGGGCGCUUUCAGCUGUAUGGCAUCACCUCCUGGGGCGACGGGUGCGGAGAGAAAGGGAAACCUGGGGUGUACACACGGGUUACUGCCUUCUCCGACUGGAUCCUUGGUGAAAUUCAGAAAUCCUCUGGGAGCCGGGAACCUACAUGUCCGGAGUUGCUGAAGACGUCUGAACUGUCUGAGGAGCAGCAGAGGUCAGAGUUCAGGUCUCUGUGCCGCUUCUACACCCUCACCUGUCCCCCUUCCCAUGGUGUUGCCGCUUGCACCAAGGUGGCUGAGGACAAGUGCUUGAACCGCUACAAGAAAUGCCAACUGCGCUCCUUCCUGCAGACGCUGCUGGACCUCCUGCAGCGCGCCGAGGACUACAUCAGAGAGAAGGUGGACCUGACCUUCUUCACCCAAACUCUGCCUCAGCUGGUGGAGCACAUUUACAGCACUGCCUUCUCUGGCCGAGAGCGCCGCCAGGCUCCGGUGCAAACAGAACAGGUAGGAGUGACUGCUGCACCAGAAGAAGUGGGUCAUCAUUCACCCCCUCUUUUUGAGGAGGUUGGACCCCUAGUGGAUGAUUGGGCCAAUUACCUGAGAGGUAUUGCUGAGGAUCUGGACCGCAGUGCCACUGACCAAGACCAUAAACCACUACCCCAGGAGAAGAGGCUUUUUCUACAGGGAGAGGAUGGCGCUCUUUACCAGCUGGAAGGAGAAUACCGCUCUCUGAUCAGUCAGCUCCGCUCCAGGCUGGGCUCUGGGGAUGCCCCUGCUAAAGCAAGCACAGAUCUAGCUAUUCCCCACGAAGACAGUGACAUUUCCUCUUCUGCUGGGGCUGAAAGGGCGGUGCCAUCCCGUACCUCCCCUCAAUCUCAGGGAAAGAUUCCCACAUCCAUGGUUCACACUGCAUGGGAAUUUGGGGAACAAACCACAAAGACCUCCCCAGACAUUCUGCCUACUCAUGUGUCUUUGGAUCAGGCCAUGGAGCAUAAUCCACAAGUGUCACGGCUGAAUCCGUUGUCAUCAUCUCGGUCAGCUCCUCGCGCAGACACCCCUGAUGCCAGUGAGCCAACAACUUCUGACCCUACACAGAUGCUUCUCCUCGUUCCUCCCACACUUUUUCCUUUCAAGAAUAAUCCAGCACACAGAAGACAAACAGUUCACCGGAGACGCAGAGGUCUGCGCAAGAGACAGCUGUCUGGAGUGAACAACAAAGUAUGCCCAGGGGUUGUGGAGUCAACACAGCAAGUCAGUGUGAUCAGACAGACAUACCGCUGGGUCCUGGCAAUCCCAAGCAAGAGCCUCAGCAUGAAUUUCCAAGAGGUGCUUGUGGAUCUGGCCUCCAAGAAUGAGCGAGGCCUGUAUGAGGCACGCAUCCGAGCCAUGGUCGCAGGCCGGCCCCUGACCUUCUACAGCCUGGUGGGAUUGGAGAGUGAGGCGUUCUACCGAAGCAUGCCUCGUGUCAUUGCCAUGGCACUGGACACACUCAAGGCAUAAAAUGGCCAAAAAAAGGAAUGCAAACCCCAGUAUUUGGGACAGCUAUCAGUAGGCUACAUAGGCUACUGUCUUCUCCGGUCAACAGACUUCUCAAAGGACUGCUGAUUUCACACAAGUAUAGAAGAGACAACAUUGAUUUUCACACAAUCUUGAUGGAAAAAAACAAACAAAUAUUUUAAAAUUCUGGCUUGCUGCUGGACACAAGAAAGAAUAUAUAGCAUCCAUCUUGGUAAUUCAAUUUGGCCAAAAACGUCUUGCAUCAUAUCUAUCGAUCAGUGUGUAUUUCUGAUUUUAUUUGUCUUGCUUUUUGUCUUGCUUAUCAUGCUGUUCCCCCAGGCUUCUUAUCUGAGACCUGCAGUGUGGAAAACAGCUGAAGCUUUGGCAGCCAUUUCUUUACAGUUUAAGAGAAGAUCCAUUUUCUGAGUGCCCUGUCACUGACUGUCAAGCAAAUUUUUAAUUCUAAAUUCUGAAGUAUUCUAACUCAAGUCAUCUGAAUGUAUAGAGAAUGGCUGAAAACAACCUAAUUUCUCAGCCACUGCAAUGGGUCAUUUCACCCAGCAGGGAAAAUUCUCUCUGACCUAACUUAUGAGCCUUUUUGUGUGGAUAUUUGUCAAAUAAGUUAUUCAAAAUGGCUGAUUUUGCAAUGGUUGAACCUUUUGUGAAAAUAGCUGAAUGUUAAUAUACUGUCAUUUUAAUUAUGGAGAUAUUUAUUUAUAUAUAGAAUCACUGUAUUUUUGUAAUAAAAAUCUAUGGAAAUA